CGAUCCUGCACACAUCCACUGUCCCUAACCGCCAGCCAAGACAAGCCAGGGAGGACGCCGGCCCCGCAACUCACUUCGCCGUGUUUGCCGACCGCCGCCGGGCCAGAGUCGUCCGCGAGCAUAUCUCAAAAGCCCAUCCAUCGCAUCUGCAGCAAACUAUCCCAACCACAGCACAACCACCAUGGCGACCAUCACGCGCUACACGCCCUCAGCACCAAGCGACGCGCUCCACGCCAUCUGGGAGGGCGGCGUCGCGGCCCUGCACAAGCCCUACUCGCUGGCAGCGGCCAAGUUCCACUCGCUCAUCAACGCCGACCGCGCAGUCGUGCACGUCGCCGAGGUCGACGGCACACCCGUCGGCUUCGCCCUAACCUACCUCAUCCCAGUGGGAUCAAAGGCCAACAAGGCGAAGCAGCACUACCGCGGCUCGCUGGCCGCGCUCGUCGUCCUCCCCUCGCACGCGAAGCAGGGGCUCGGCACGCAGCUCAACGACGCGGCGGUCGCCCAGCUGUCCGCCGACAUCAAGGCAAGCUACGCGCUCUCGACGCCGCCAGCGAGCGCAGGCGAGAUCCAGCUUGGCAGCACCUUCCCCCGCAUCUUUCCCGGCCUGCCCGCGCUCCCGGCCUUCGAGGGCGCCAAGGCGUGGCUUAACAAGCGCGGCUGGACGAUCAAGGACAGCAAGAACAUCGACCUGUACGGCACGCUGCCCAACAACACCGACCUCGAGAAGCAGACCGAGACGGCCAAGAAGCACGGGAUCGUGUUCCGCCCCGCUACGGCGGCCGACGAGGCGGCGCUCAUGGAGCUCGAGUACGGCGAGUUUGACUCGUUCACGGGCUGGCCAGACCAGUUCCCGCGCUUCAUCGCGGCCGGGCGCGCAGAGGACAUCUUCCUCGCGAUCAACAAGCACGGCGAGGUGAUCGGCGCGACGCUGGCCGCGAUGCCCGGCUCGCCGGUCCACGAGCAGCUGGCCUGGCCGGACCAGCUGGGCACGCGCUGCUCCGUGAUUGCCUGCGUGGGCGUCUCGGCCAAGUCGCGCGGCGAGGGCGCCGGCGUGGGCAUGUGCGCCGCGGCGCUGAUCGACCUUGUGCGUCGUGGCGCCGACGGGUGCUUCAUCGACUGGGUCGCCAUGGUGGGCUUCUACGAGCGCUUCGGGCUCGCGCAGUGGGAGGCGCAGUACUACGACGGCGGGAGGCAAGUCGAGUAGAGUGCUUACGGAGCCGACGUCGGAGCCUGUUUAUCUGAGCCACACUAGGCUGCGCAGGACACGUACAUGGGGAGCUGGGGCACAGCAGCCUCGUAUCGAGCCAUAGAGCUCGAU